UAGCCGGGUUAGAACAUAGUAUUUCCGUAUCUUGUUAUCAACCUUUCUCCAGCUCAUCCUCUCCCAAACCUGAACAUGGAGAUCUGAUCAGCUCUUACAUUGAUCCUGAUCAAAAUAUUUCUAUUAGUACUUCUUUUAAAUCUAUGGAAGUUCUUGGCAGCUCUCCUCUUGAAACUGAGCAAGAAGAUGAUCUUGUCAGCUCUCCUCUUGGAUAUGAACAAGAAGAUCUUCUGAGUUCUCUUCUCGAUUCUGAACAAGAAGAUCUUGUCAGCUCUCCUCUUGGAUAUGAACAAGAAGAUCUUAUCAACCCUCCUCUUGAAUCAAAACAAGAACAUCUCAAUGAUUUACUGAUUAUUACAGAUGGAAAAAGCUGGGACCAGCCAGAGCUCGUUUCAGGUCGGUUAGUGAACUACAGAUCUAAGUUUAGUGUUGACGAUAUUAUCAGCAGUGUUGUGACUAACUCGGAGAAGUCGAGUAUGCCCGGAUCCAUAUCCAUCCUUAUCAACUAUGGAACGGACCACAGCCAUAUCCUUUAUUCUACAGCUAAUGCUGACCAUGGCUGUGGGGAUACCCAGAUAUGGGAUCCAUUCUCUGAGGUUUGUCGAGAUAUUUAUUGUGCAACAGACCUGACUCUAGUGGAGUAUGAGUGUAAAGGAACACCAAGUAAUGUAUCCAGGGAUGACGUUCCUCAUGUUUCCUUCCCUAGUGAGGAGAUUCUGAUUAACAUGACCCUAGAGCUUUCUGCUAACAACAAUACUCUUAGUAUUGAUGAGAUCAUUGAGAUUCUCAGAACUGAUUUUGCAACCACGCUUGCUCAAGAUAUGAUUAUAGAUCCGAACAGGAUCACAAAUAUUUCCAUCAUCUACAAAGAGGAAGUUCAUGGAAUAAGUCGACAACCUGCUGAGAUAGAGGUCGAGAUUAUAUCUGCUAUCUAUGUCCUCAAGAAGUCCGGGAUGUGGGAGGACACGGACCAGCUCUCCAAGGACGAGAUGGAAGAGAUCGUGUCCUCUGUUAUUAACAAAACGAAGAACAAGUUUCAUAUUUUCGAGAUUUAUUUUAUUAUUCAGGAAGGUCCACCUGAUGAGAAAGGGACAGAUGAGAUUGUUGCUUCCAUGGCAAACUUUAUAAGAGAAAACUCAUUUAUCCUAGAGUUAGGUUCCAUCACAGUCAAGUUUGUGAGUUUGGGUGAGAAGAAUGUUUACACUGAAGAACAGUUUAUUGAAUGGUGUAGGGACGGGGAUAUCAGGAACUUUAUGUCUGGUGAGUUUGAGAUAAAUAUUGUGAAUGAGACUCUUGAUAUUCUGGAGGAUAAAAGAUGGAAUACGUUCGGAGGAGCAGGACCAGGAGGAGGAGGAUCUCCCUAUGAUCUGGAACUCAUUGCUACGAUCAAAAAAACCGGGAAAGUUUACCAUGACAGUGAUUUUAUAGCAAACAUACUGUUCCAGAGUAAUCCUAUUAAUGUGAUGGAAGCUAACUAUAGUGGGGUAAUCACUAUUUGUGAUAACAGGGCGUAUAUCAACGAUACUUUUUGUUCCCGUGUACAAUUUAAUGCCAGCAGUUUUAUGUGGAGUCAGGAUGGUUCUCUUAUCUAUGAAGGAGGAAUAUUUGGUGUUAAACAAAAAUAUCAAAGAUGGGAAUACCGGAUGACCAGGGACGGUAUGAUUGAAGUGUGUGUCCGGCAUUAUUACGAGAGAGGAGCAGAUCUGAUAACUUUAAUAGAAUCCUAUCUCAGUGUUUUCCUACAUAUAGUUUCCAUCAUACUCCUAGCAUUCACGCUACUUACUUACUCUAUAUUCGGGGUACUCAGAAAUCUUCCAGGAUGCAACCUAAUGUGCCUGGCCACCAGUAUUCUUGUAUCACAAGUGGUUUUCCUAGCUGGAGAACGAAGUGAAGUUAAAGGAUUAAUCUGCAGAGUAGUUGCUGUCUUCCUUCACUUCACCUACCUCUCCAUCUUCGCCUGGAACAACGUUAUGGCCUGGGAUAUCUACAAAACAUUCGGACAGAAAACUAUUCUGUCUCACAUCAGAUCUAAAAGAGAACAUCUUCCCCAGUAUAUGACCUAUGCGUACGGUAUUCCACUCUGCAUUGUUAUAUUUAGUGUGACCAUAGAGUACACUGACAUGUUACAAAAUUUCUCUAUUGGAUACGGAGUUGAAAACUGCUGGAUAGGUCGGAAACAGGCGACCUUCAUAUUUUUCUGUUUACCCAUGCUCUUCGUUGUACUCACGAACAGCGUGCUCUACGUCCUGACUGUGAUCAGCAUCAACUACGUCUCCUCCGUGGUAGAGUCCGUGAAGCACAAGGACCGGGGGAAAUCUGAUCUGUUCAUCUAUAUCCGUAUCUUCAGUGUACUCGGCUUCACCUGGAUCUUCGGGAUAAUCGCGUUCUUCUUCCAAGAAGAGUGUGUUCUUAAAAGAAUUAUUGUUUUUCUUUUUGUAAUAUUCAACGGAGUUCAGGGAGUGUUUUUGUUUGUUGUUUUUACAGCAAAUGUACGAGUAUACAACCUGUAUAUUCAGCUUUUUCACAGGAUAAAGGAUAGAUUUUCUCUGGAGAGGGAAGUCAGAGAAAGAGUAAAGUCCCAAAUUCAAAGGAAUAGGAAUGAAGUUCAAUUUUCUAUUUCUGACAAAUCAGACGACAAUCCGAUCAAAACAGUCUGUGAGUCCAUGUCCCCGAAUCCUUGCAGCGUUGAUAUCUCUAGAUUAUGGAGCUGGUCAUCACACUCUAUUCGGUUAAGAAUGAGGAAAACAUCAAAUGAAAGUAUGACAAGUACAGCUACAACAUCAUCAUCAUGUACCACAUGUACAACUACAGGAUCAGAGAAAGGGACUCCAACAACAACUAGACAUGGCCCUGCUGCCUUCCUUGGUGAUGUACGAAUCGAUGAACUUGAGGAACCCUUUGAUAGCUUUGAUGAGAGCGAUGCAUAAGUGUAUGUACCAAUGUGUAUUAUAGUACAUACCAUGUACAUAACAUAACAGAUAAAACAGAAUAAAAUAUAUUUAAA